UCAGUAGAAGACAAAGUAUGGCAUAUAUAUUCAACCAACGUCAGCUAGCUUUUCUAUGAACCAUAUAAUUAAGGAAUGUGGGAAGUGGCAAACUUAUUAAUCCAUCAAUCCAAAUACAAGCCUAAAUUAACCACAAAAUUAAGUUGUGGUACAUGCAAGUUCAACCUUUCAUUUAACAGGUUAAGCUUUAUCUCACAUUCAUCAUCAUAUCAUAUUGUAACUAUCCUACUAUAUUCCUAUGACUUCAACUGAUUCUCUAUAAUAAUAUAUGUCUGGUUCUGAAAAAUUCUGGAUAGUUGAAUGCUACAUUUACAUGACCUCAGGUCCCCACCAACUGAUCGUGCUUUCCAGAAGAACCCUCCAUCAUUCAUUCCCAAACUUGUAUAUAUUUCACAAACUAAACUUAUAUAGUACUUCAUAAAAAUACAAGUAACAUUUAAUACUUGUGAUAUUUGUAUCUAAAGAAAAUGGCACACUCUUUAUCCUCAAAUCUAGCUCUUAACCUCGCCAUAAUUUCCAAGACUUCAAGAAGAUCACCCCAUUUGAAACCCCUCAGAGUCAGAGCCGUGGCAGGGGACGCAAGAGAAAAACUCGACAAUUUCUCAAGAUCACACAAAAAGAGACUUGUUCCUUCCCCCCCUAUAGGACUAUGGGAUAGAUUUCCUACAGCAAAGACAGUGCAUGAGAUGAUGGAAACAAUGGAAAGAAUGAUGGAAGAUCCAUUUGCAAUGAGCACAAUUGAGUGGCCAUCAUCACCACUUCCGAGUGAAGGAGCUGGCGGGUAUCGAAGAAGAGGAAGAACACCAUGGGAGAUUAAAGUAGGAGAAAGUGAAUACAAGAUGAGGUUUGAUAUGCCUGGUAUGAACAAAGAGGACGUGAAAGUUUGGGUGGAAGAGAAGAUGUUGGUGGUAAAAGCUGAGAAGGAGCCAAAGAAGAAACAGAGUACUCUGCCACAGAAUAGAGAAGAAGAUGAUGAAGAAUGGUCAAAGAGCUAUGGAAGAUAUAGUAGCAGAAUUGCUUUGCCUGAGAAUGUGCAGUUUGAGAGUAUUAAGGCAGAGGUUAAGGAUGGUGUUCUUUACAUAACUAUUCCUAAGGCUAUUAGUUAUUCCAAAGUAGUUGAUAUUAGUGUUCAAUAAUUCAUAUUUUUAUGUGGUCUUGUUAAUUAGAUUUUUUGUGAUUUUUUAUGUAUAUGUUUAGAUUUGGUUAGAGUUUUUAGUACCCUUUAUGUAUGGAGAAUAUGUUUGAAUGAGAAAUUCUUGAGUGUUAUUUAUAGCACCUAA